GCUGCUCCCCGCCUGGAGACCGCGGCGCACUUGGACUUCUCUCUCCAUUCGCCAGCCGCCUCGCUCCGGGUCCCCACGGCUGCGAACUGAUCUGGCGCGGGGGGAGGAGGAAAGCUCAGGCGAGCGAACCAGCGAGAGAGGGAGAGAGCGAGCGAACGAGCGAGCAAGAGCGAGAGAGCCGGGAGGCAGAGGGACUAGUGACCGCCUUCCGGCGCCGGGAUUCAUGCCUGUCCUCGGGGCCAGCGAAGGGGACUUUACGGCUGAGUAUGAGCCAGGCUGCUAGGAGCCAGGUACCCCCACGCCUGCAGUCCCCGCGCCGUCCCCGGUAUGCGAGCUGGACGCAGGGCUCUCCCAAGUUCCCACCGAGCCGAAUAAAAAGCGUCCCCCCGCAGCUCUCCGCCAAAGACGGACAUUGACUCCAGGACUCCUCAGAAUGGAGCAAGAAUGAGAGGAAAAAGGCCGGCAGAAAAAGCAUGAACUGGAGGUUUGCUGAGCUCCUCUACUUCCUGUUUGUAUGGGGCCAUAUCUCUGUGCAGCCCUCCCACCAGGAACCAGCCGGGACAGAUCAACAUGUCUCCAAGGAAUUUGAUUGGCUUAUUUCAGACAGGGGGCCUUUCCACCACUCCAGGAGCUACCUAUCCUUUGUGGAAAGACACCGUCAAGGAUUUACAACCAGAUAUAAAAUAUACAGGGAGUUUGCCCGUUGGAAGGUGAGGAACACAGCCAUCGAGAGAAGAGAUCUGGUCCAUCACCCAGUGCCCCUCAUGCCGGAAUUUCAAAGGAGCAUCCGCCUGCUUGGCAGGAGACCCACCACUCAGCAGUUCAUCGACACCAUCAUCAAAAAGUACGGCACCCACCUCCUCAUCUCUGCCACCUUGGGAGGGGAGGAGGCCUUGACCAUGUACAUGGACAAAAGUCGCCUCGACAGGAAGUCAGGGAAUGCCACUCAAAGUGUUGAAGCUCUGCACCAGCUUGCAUCAUCCUACUUUGUUGACCGUGACGGCACCAUGAGGAGGCUCCAUGAGAUCCAGAUAUCAACUGGAGCAAUCAAGGUCACAGAGACACGCACUGGGCCUCUGGGCUGUAACAGCUACGACAAUCUGGACUCUGUGAGUUCCGUCCUUCUGCAAAGCACGGAGAGCAAACUGCACCUUCAAGGUCUUCAGAUCAUCUUCCCUCAGUAUCUGCAAGAGAAGUUUGUCCAGUCGGCCUUGAGCUACAUCAUGUGCAACGGCGAGGGCGAGUAUGUGUGCCAGAACAGCCAGUGCCAGUGCCAGUGUGCAGAGGAGUUCCCGCAAUGCAACUGCCCCAUCACCGACAUCCAGAUCAUGGAGUACACGCUGGCCAACAUGGCCAAGUCUUGGGCGGAAGCCUACAAGGACCUGGAGAAUUCAGAAUUCACAGAUGUCAAAGCUAGAAGUCACUUUUCAGAUGAGUUUAAAUCGUUUAUGAAACGCCUCCCCAGCAACCAUUUCCUGACCAUCGGGAGCAUCCAUCAGCACUGGGGCAAUGACUGGGAUCUACAGAACCGCUACAAGCUCCUGCAGAGUGCCAUGGAGGCCCAGAGACAGAAGAUCCAGCGCACUGCCCGCAAGCUCUUCGGCCUCAGUGUCCGCUGUCGCCACAAUCCCAACCACCAGCUACCUAGAGAGAGGACAAUUCAGCAGUGGCUCGCAAGGGUCCAGUCGCUCCUUUACUGCAACGAGAACGGGUUUUGGGGAACCUUCCUGGAGAGCCAGAGGAGCUGUGUGUGCCACGGCAGCACCACGCUAUGCCAGCGCCCCAUCCCCUGCAUCAUCGGAGGGAACAACAGCUGUGCCAUGUGCAGCCUGGCCAACAUCUCCCUCUGCGGCUCCUGCAACAAGGGCUACAAGCUGUACCGAGGCCGCUGCGAACCGCAGAACGUGGACUCGGAGCGGAGCGAGCAGUUCAUCAGCUUCGAGACCGACCUGGACUUCCAGGACCUGGAGCUGAAGUACCUGUUGCAGAAGAUGGACUCGCGCCUCUACGUCCACACCACCUUUAUCAGCAAUGAGAUCCGCCUCGACACCUUCUUUGACCCCCGGUGGCGCAAGCGCAUGUCCCUCACUCUCAAGAGCAACAAGAACCGCAUGGACUUCAUCCACAUGGUGAUUGGCAUGUCGAUGCGCAUUUGCCAGAUGCGCAACAGCAGCCUGGACCCCAUGUUCUUCGUCUACGUCAACCCCUUCAGCGGGAGCCACUCCGAGGGCUGGAACAUGCCCUUCGGGGAAUUUGGCUAUCCACGGUGGGAGAAGAUCCGCCUCCAAAACAGCCAGUGCUACAACUGGACUCUCUUGCUGGGCAAUCGAUGGAAAACGUUUUUCGAGACAGUCCACAUCUACCUGCGAAGUCGGACUCGGCUCCCUACCCUGCUGCGUAACGAGACGGGCCAGGGCCCCGUGGACCUGUCCGAUCCCUCCAAGCGGCAGUUCUACAUCAAGAUCUCAGAUGUGCAGGUAUUCGGGUACAGCCUGAGGUUCAACGCGGACCUCCUCCGCAGCGCGGUGCAGCAGGUCAACCAGUCCUACACGCAAGGCGGCCAGUUCUAUUCCUCCUCGUCGGUGAUGCUCCUCCUGCUGGAUAUUCGGGACCGAAUCAAUCGCCUGGCUCCCCCGGUGGCCCCGGGGAAACCCCAGCUGGACUUGUUCUCCUGUAUGCUGAAACACCGCCUGAAGCUGACCAACAGCGAGAUCAUCAGGGUGAACCACGCCUUGGACCUCUACAACACCGAGAUCCUCAAACAGUCGGACCAAAUGACUGCCAAACUCUGUUAACCUGGGACUCCUCGUCGUGGACUUUCCCUUUGGUUGUACAAACACAACAGGAUGAAACAAAGCAAAGCAAAACAAAAAUUUGUAAAAUGUAAUUAAUAUUCAAAGAAAAGAAGGAAAGUCUUCAUUUGUUGGAAACGAAAACGUUCUAGCAACUGUAUAAAACCGUUGGGCAUGUUUGUUAUUUCUAUACUCUGUCAUGAAGAAGGGUCUCAGCCUUUUGUGGAGCUCUGAAGGUGUUGCUUCUUAGGCCUCAGGUGCUGUAUGGAACAGGGGUGAGGGGGAAAGGAUAUGCAAUGAAUUGUAAAGAUCUCUGCUGUGCAGGUGCUAAGAUUAAACACUAAAAAGAAAGAGAGGUAUAUGUAAUGUACAACUGACACUGCCAUUUUUCCUUGUGGGAGGAAAUGGACAUAGAUAAAGAAGAUAUUUCUUCGGUUAAGAUCUUUGCCCCUCUUUAUGCUUAAUUCCUUGUGGUUCUUUUGCUUCACUCUUACACAGGGGUGGGGACACAAUGACAUUGCUGUCUUAUCCAUUUGGCUUCUUUCAUUCCAAAUAAACUAAUGGAAGCUGGACAAAACAGAUUGCAGGGACAGACAUUCCCAUAAUCAUAGGGUGUUACAACAAUAAGGAAUCUUAGAUAUUAGCUCAGUGCUCAAAAAAAAGAAAAACUCAGUGCUCACUCUUCUGAAUCAUGCUGGUUUGGGGUUUUCCCCUAUAACCAUUCUGACGGGAGAAAGUAUGUUUCAGUCUCAGGUUGUUUUAUUUGUUUGUUUGUUUGUUUCGUUUCAUUUAAAAUCAAGAAACCCAUUCCACCUACCUUCUGCAGAAAGAAAUGGCGUAAGAUUUACUAGAAAUGCUUCACAUUUUAAAUACUAAGUUCUAUUUUCAGUAAAUUCAGACCAAAUUAAAAUAAAAUAGGUCUUAGACUGCAUUGGUACCAGACCAACUCCUUGAAACAAGUAUCUAAAAAAUUGUCCUUUGAUUAACCCAGAAUACACCCACACAAACAUGUGGAAAUAAACUACCACUGCUACUUCUUUGACAUCUAGGAAAGGUGAGUAGUAGUCUUUGUGUGAGACUUGAAGGAAACAUUGAAGAAAGAAAACUUCAUUUCAAAGCACUGCUGUAAAGGAUGUGCCAUAAAAGACGUCACUUCUUAGUUUCCAAGAACUCCAAGUUUAUCUCUUUGCUAAGGUAGUACUUGCUAGAGGUGUUUCCUGAGCAUCUGGGUCCUCACUUCUUCAGUGUCAGAGAAACAGAAUCGCAAAAUUUUAAGGUUGAAAGAGAAAAGUAGAAAUCCUCUGAUUCAUACUUCCACCAGGGGAAUCGUCACUUUUCUCUGACAGAACCAUUGCAGGGACAAGCAGCUAAUUAACCUGAUGAUCCCACAUUCCUUGGAUUAUUCUUUCACUGAAAGGGAGCAACAACUUUCAUUCCAGCUUGCUCUAUUAAGCAGUUCUAAUUAAUAGAAAGCCAUUCCAUGCCUUGACCAGCUUUUGUGUACUUUCUACCUAUUGAUUUGGAAUGUACCUUUUCCUCUCAUGGUGAUGUUAUCCUAGGUAAAAUACAAGGAUCUAUCUCAGAGGUCACCAGAGUAUGUGAUAAUAUGACACAAUCACCAAUAUAGUUUAUCUUAAAGUAAAAGAAGGAGAGGUCCUCACUGUUUAAGAUGUGAAAAAUUUUCUAGUUUAUUUAAGUAAGAAAUUUUAUUCUUUUUAAUCCAGAAUAAUAAAUGCCAACUUUAAUGUUGAA